AUGCUGUCCCCAGCGCCGCCGCCUCCUGCCGCCGCCGCGACCCGGAGGCGGAAGCCCGGCGGCCUCGGGCAGCGGCCGGGAGGACAUCCGGGCCGAGGCGGGGCGGCCGCUUCCUCCGCUCGUCCCCCGCGGCUGUGUCGGGAGAGCGGGGCUGGCUCUGCGGAGCGGCGCUGCCCGCCCGGCGAGAUGUGGUGGCUGCCCUGGCUGGCGGCCUGGGCCUGCGGGGCGCGGGCCGGGCGGGCGGGCCCGCUCUGCGCCUCCCGCGGGCUCUGCCGGGCCCCGCCGGGCCGCAACGCCUCGGCCCCGCAGCGCGGGCAGUGCGGGCGGCAGCGCGGGGCCGAGCUCUGCGCCUGGGCCCUCUCCUCCGGCAGCCUGCCAGAUCCCUUUCCAGUCGAUGUGAUCCAGGAAAAUUAUGUCCGUAUUGUGAGAAACUGCAUUUUUUCAGUUGUCUACCCUACACCUUUUAAAUCUAGAGUUCGUCUUGUAGCUGUUUCUAAGGAAGUUCUUGAAAAUAUUUUGGAUCUUGAUAUAUCUGUCAAAGAAACACCUGAUUUUCUUCAGUUUGCCAGUGGUGGGAAAGUGAUUCUUGGGUCUGUUCCAUUGGCCCAUAGAUAUGGGGGUCAUCAGUUUGGGAGCUGGGCAGGUCAGCUGGGUGAUGGAAGAGUCCACUUGAUUGGAGUAUAUACAAACAGGCAUGGUGAGAGGUGGGAACUACAACUAAAGGGGUCGGGAAAGACCCCAUACUCCAGGAAUGGUGAUGGCAGAGCUGUGCUUCGCUCUUCUGUGCGAGAAUUUCUAUGUAGUGAGGCUAUGCACUAUCUUGGAAUUCCUACAAGCAGAGCUGCUAGCUUAGUUGUAAGUAAUGAUGAAGUGUGGAGAGACCAGUUUUACAAUGGAAAUAUUAAGAAAGAAAGAGGUGCUAUAGUGCUACGUCUUGCCAAGUCAUGGUUUCGUAUAGGAUCCUUAGAAAUCUUAACUCAUUCCGGGGAACUGGACUUACUAAGAAGAUUGCUAGACUUUAUAAUCCAGGAACAUUUUCCAUCAAUAGCCGUGAAUGAUUCAAAUAGAUAUCUGGAAUUUUUCUCUACAGUCGUAUCAGAGACUGCAGAUCUGAUCGCAUUGUGGAUGUCUGUGGGGUUUGCACAUGGUGUGUGCAAUACAGAUAACUUCAGUUUAUUAUCCAUAACAAUAGAUUAUGGUCCAUUUGGAUUUAUGGAAUCCUAUGACCCAAAUUUUGUUCCAAACACAUCUGAUGAUGAAGGGAGGUAUAAAAUAGGAAACCAGGCAAACGUUGGGCUGUUUAAUCUGAGCAAGCUGUUACAUGCUCUAAACCCUUUAUUGGAUCCCAGGCAAAAGCAGCUAGCUUCCCAGAUUUUGGAGGGAUAUAGUGAGCGCUAUUACAUCCAUUUCACAGAACUAUUCAAAACAAAAUUGGGUCUUCUUGGAGAGAACGAGGAUGACAACUAUUUAAUUGCUUUCCUCUUAAAACUUAUGGAAGAUACAAAGGCUGAUUUUACAAUGACAUUUCGACAGCUCAGUGUAAUUACUGCUGACCAGUUGAAGGAGCUUCAUAUUCCUGAGGAGUUCUGGGCUCUUCAGGAUCUGGGCAAACACAAGUUAUUUUCAGAGUGGGUUACUAUGUACCUCUUGAGAUUAAGUCGUAACAAGGGUGAUUCAGACACUAAGAGAAGAACAAGAAUGACAAGUGUUAAUCCUAGAUACAUACUCAGGAAUUGGAUGGCAGAAUCAGCAGUGCAAAAAGCUAAUUUGAAUGAUUUCUCAGAGGUGAAUCUCCUGCAGCAGAUUUUACAGCAUCCCUUCCGGAGACAGCAGGCUGCAGAGGAAGCAGGGUACUCCCUGCAGCCCCCAGCUUGGGCCAAGGAUUUGAGAGUAAGCUGCUCAUCCUGAGAGGAAUCUGAACAAGCAAGAAAAGUGAUCAAGGUCAAACCUCAGAAUAGGAUUAAGCCACAUGAGCUUUUCUCCCUUAUACUUGGUGGACUGGAAUCUGCUACUCUGCUAGGCAAGACAAGGUCUUGUUCAGUUUAUAAAGUCUAAAGAUUAAAGAAAUGAGACACUGUGUGGUUGCAUCAGCAAAUCAUAUUGGCAUUUGUAACUCUGCCCUUCAGCUGCGCGUUGAGUCCCGCUAUUUAAGUUCUGCCAAACUGUCACACUGAACCUCUCAGUAUUCGUGGCUGAUCAGGUGGGUCUCAAUACCUUUUCAUGGUCAAUUUAAAAUCCAUCCAAGCUAGUUUUAAUUAAAGUAUUUUGAUGAAAGUUCUCCUUGCUUUUAAACACUGUUCAAAUAUAAUCGUAUUCUGAAUGUACUCAAGUCUUUUGCAGAGUUGGAACUGAGGAUCAUCUUGCGCUUAGACCUUGUCACCUUUUCUCUUUUUGCCGUUGUUUUGUCCCAUUAAACUGCCAACAAAACUUAAAGGAAAUUCAGUCACAGAGUGAGCAAAGAUGUCUUGUUUAGGAGUGACUUGCCCAAAAAGAAAUGUUGGUGUCUUUGUUGGUGUCAGCAAAAUGCAGUGUCAAGCCUGGCCCACUGCUCUUUGGAAGUGUAUCUUUUGAUACAACAGAACAAUUGUUGGUGCAUUGAUAUAAUGGCUCAGGGAAUUUUCUCUGGUUGGAUGUGGAAAAGGACUUUCUUGGACAUAUCUCACAACAUAUGUAGUCAGGUCAAUCUAACUUUUGUACCCAGCCACCUGAUGCUGUAAGAGACUAACCAAAACCUUGUAGGGAAAGUAUUUAAAAUUAAACUGAAGCUGUUACAGAAGUUCUUUGAGUAACAGAGAGACUAAUCUCUGA